CGCGAGCACGUCUCCUAAUCGUGCACGCGACCAGUUCUUGAACGUCAAGAUGGCUGCCCACACUGCUGUGAUGUCAAUGUCCAAAAUCCUUAAUCCCUUCUGGGGUGGACGCCUUGGACAUACGGUCAAAGUAUUUGGAACAACUCUCACAAGUCACAGGAACAAGACCGGAAAUAGUAGAGAUGACAUUCCCCCUCCUGCAAAGUAUGGAGGCAGACACACUGUGACCCUCAUACCUGGAGAUGGAAUCGGUCCAGAGCUGCUUAAUCAUGUCAGAGAGGUUUUCAGGUUCAGCUGUGUCCCGGUGGACUUUGAGGUGGUGCACGUCAACUCUGCUCUGGAGUCGGAGGAUGAUAUCAAUGAUGCCAUUACUGCCAUUCGCCGUAAUGGGGUUGCCCUCAAAGGUAACAUAGAAACCAAACAUACCAUGGCGCCAUCCGUCAAAUCCAGAAAUAAUCUCCUACGCACAAGCUUAGACCUGUAUGCCAAUGUGAUGCACUGCCAGUCGCUCCCUGGAGUUCAAACUCGCCACAAGAACAUUGACAUCAUGAUCAUCAGGGAGAACACGGAGGGAGAGUACAGCAGUCUGGAGCACGAGAGUGUAACAGGUGUAGUGGAGAGUCUCAAGAUCAUCACCAGGAACAACUCCCUCAGGAUUGCCGACUAUGCCUUCCGACUGGCCAGGGAGAAAGGUCGCAAAAGGGUCACCGCUGUGCACAAGGCUAACAUCAUGAAGCUUGGUGAUGGCUUGUUCCUGCAGUGUUGCAGGGAGGUGGCGUCUGAUUACCCAGACAUCACAUUUGACAGCAUGAUUGUGGACAACACCACCAUGCAGCUAGUGUCCAACCCCCAACAGUUUGAUGUGAUGGUGAUGCCCAAUCUGUACGGGAACGUGGUGAGCAACGUGUGUGCAGGCCUGGUGGGAGGGCCGGGCCUCGUGCCUGGGGCCAACUACGGCCGUGACUACGCUGUCUUUGAAACGGCCACAAGGAACACAGGGAAGAGCAUUGCGCAAAGGAACAUUGCUAACCCCACUGCCAUGCUGCUCGCCAGCUGCAUGAUGCUGGACCAUCUUAAGCUUUAUGGCUACGCAAGUAUGAUCCGAAAUGCAAUCCUCACUACUAUGAAUGAAACCAGGUUGCACACAGCUGAUAUUGGGGGUCAGGGCACGACGUCAGAUGUGGUCCAGUCCAUCAUGAGGAUCAUCCAGAGUAAAGGGCCGCUCAUAUCUGAGCUCUAAACACACACACACACACCCACAUUAGAGGUGUGAGUUUGAACAGGUUAUCCAUGCAUGUAUGUUGCCAUAGCGCUGAGCCUUAUUGCUGACAUCAGGACGUUUCCUAUUUUUUGUUGUACACAAAGCUUACGGAUAACUGUACAAACAACCUGUUAUCCACACCUGUGUGUUUCACAUAUAAUAAUGACCUUCGCAAGACUUAUUAAAAAAUGGUUUACCAUUGAUCAAAUUCCAUUAUCACUCCUAUCAGUUGAUAAAUCCUGUAAGGAUAUUUCCUGAGUUCAUCAGGUUUAUUCAGUUGAAAAUCUGUGGUCCUAUUUUUAUGAAACAUGAAAAUGUCUCUUGCUGUGCCGAACACAUGUUGGGGUCAGAAAUAGAUAUUAUCUAGGAACAUGAUACUACACUUCCCAGGUAAUUAUUAUAGAUAUUAUCCUGAUAUGACUCUGCACUCUUCAUUGUGGAUCAUUAAAAUCUUUCCACAUGCCGA